CUCGUCUUCCACAAUUUUCUCUCUACUCUCUGAAACAGAAACCCUAAUAUAGAACCACCCCAACACCACCGACCCGACCUUUAACUCUCACCUGAGAAAACUCCAAACACCAUCAAUGGCAUCGUCGGAGAAACGGUGCCUGUACGAAGUCCUCGGCCUGAGCCUCGACUGCACCGCCGACGAUAUCAGAUUGGCGUACAAAAAGCUCGCACUCCAACGCCACCCCGACAAGCUCAUUCAAUCUGGCGUAUCGGAAGCCGAAGCCACGGCCUCUUUUCAAGAGCUUGUGAACGCCUAUGAGGUCCUCUCCGACUCGCGAGAACGUGCGUGGUACGACUCUCAUCGUUCCCAAAUCCUCUUCUCCAGUUCGGCUCCCUCCAAUUCUGCCCCCUCCAAUUCAUCCGCCGUGGUUCCCAAUCUCUUCAGUUUUUUCUCCAAUUCGGUGUUUUCCGGCUAUUCGGACUCCGGCAAGGGGUUCUAUCAAGUUUAUGCUGAUAUAUUUGAUAAAGUUUAUCAGAAUGAAUUGAAUUUCGCGAAGAAAUUAGGGUUAGGGUUACCAGAGGAAGCGCCAGUCAUGGGCAGUUUGAAGAGUCCCUAUGCACAGGUGACUGCUUUUUAUAAUUACUGGUUGGGUUUUGUGACUGUAAUGGAUUUUUGUUGGAUGGAUCAGUAUAAUGUGAUGGCAGGGCCAAAUAGGAAGUCAAGGAGGGUGAUGGAAGAGGAGAAUAAGAAAUUGAGAAAGAAGGCACGAAGGGAGUAUAAUGAGACGGUGAGGGAUUUGGCGGCGUUUGUUAGGAAGAGGGACAAGAGGGUGAUUGAUUUGCAGAUGAAGAAGAAGGAGGAGAUGGAGAAGAAGAGGGAGGAGGAGAGGGAGAGGAAGAGGUGCCUGGAAAGAGAGAGAGCUGAGAGGGCAAAGGCUUAUGAGGAUCCAGAGUGGGCACAGGUUGAGGAAUUGGAUGAUGGGGAGGUUGAGGAGGUAGAGGAGGAUGAGAGGAAGAAGGGGGAUGGGAAGGAAUUGUAUUGUGUGGCCUGUGGGAAGAGGUUUAAGAGUGAGAAGCAGUGGAAAAAUCACGAGCAGUCAAAGAAGCAUAAGGAGAAGGUGGCGGAAUUGAGGGAAGCAUUUGUGAAUGAAGAGAGUGAGAAUGAUGAGGAAGAAGAGGAAGAGAGGGACAAGGAGGAGGUGGCAGGUGAUGAUGCGGAUGCAGGUGGUUUUAUGUCAGCUGAGGAUGGGGUGGAUGAGUUACAGGAAAAAUUUGAGGAUUGGGUUAAAAUUGAAGAACAAGAAAGUGUUAGUGAUGAAGGUCAGUCUAGUGAGGAAGAAGGGUUUCUUGAUACUAAUAAUGAUGGUGGUUUUAAGGGGGUUGGUCAGAAGCUCGGAAUGAAUGAAGAUGAAGCCAGUAUUCUUGAAUCUAUGGUGUCCAGGCAUAAGAAUGGGAAAAAUAUGGGAAUGACACGUGAGCCUAAGGCUUCAUCCACAAAAGUUCAUGUUGACGUUGACAAAGAUGAGAAUGACUUUAUGGAAUAUAAUAAUAGGAAGGGUAAUAAAAGAAAUAGAGGAGGUAGGAGAGAGAAGGGUAGAAGAGCUGAUGAAGCAGUGAGAAGAGUUGACGUGACUGAAAUCAAUUGUAAGGCAGAGGAAAAUAAUGGACAUCAUGAUGGUUCACACGAGGAGUCAUCUUUAUUCUCUUCUAUAGCAGAAAAGGAGACUAUUGGUGAAGGAGAUGAUAUGUCAGAAAGGAAUCAAAAGGUUACAAAGAAAGCCGUUGAUAAGAAAGCUAACACCAAGAAGGACACAAACACCAAAUCAAAGAAUGCAUCUAAAGGAAGGAAACAAAAGGUGACGUCGAAAUUUUCUGGCAAUGUUUGUGAGACGUGUGGAGAGGAAUUUGAAACAAGGAAUAGACUACAUAAGCAUCUGGGUGAUACGGGUCAUGCUGCACUUAAAUCUCGAUGA